GGCCCGGCCAGACGCGUUUCCGCUGCCGGCGGGGCCGCGGGGCCGCCGGGACCUGCAGUCCCGUCACGGGCAUGGCCGGGAGCGGCGACAGGACCGCCCUGGAGACCAUCCAGGCGGAUGGGACAGAUGGGAAUUGUGUCACCUUCGUGCUGCACGACGAGGAUCACACCCUGGGCAACUCCCUGCGCUACAUGGUCAUGAAGAACCCUGACGUGGAGUUCUGUGGCUACUGCAUCACACACCCCUCAGAGAGCAAGAUCAACUUCAGGAUCCAGACCAGAGGGGCCCUUCCAGCCGUGGAGCCGUUCCGGAAGGGGCUCAAUGACCUGAUGGCUGUUUGCCAGCACGUGCUCAGCACCUUUGAGAGGAGCAUGAAGGAGUACAGGGCACAGAGGGAGGAGGAGAUGCAGUAGCCUUUGGAGAUGGCACGGAUGUCCCCAUGGAUGUCCCACGGAUGUGCCCCUGGAUGUGUGUGACGUCCGUGUGUUGAAUUCCCUGGGUCCAAGCUGGUUCUUUUUGGUUGUUUCUUUCACGGCUUUGAUGCAAACUGUGUUUUCUCUAUGAAUAAAGUUUAUUAAUUUAGA